AUGACUCCGCGCAAGACUAGGAUUGUCGUCGGCGUCACUGGUGCCACUGGCGCAGUCCUCGCCAUUCGGCUACUAGAGAUCCUCCGCAGCCUCGACGUCGAAACUCACCUGAUUUUCUCCAAAUGGGCGCUCGCGACGAUGAAGUACGAGACCGACAUACCUGCGGAGCACGUUAGGAAGCUCGCGACGUAUACGUACGCACUCAAGGAUCUCACGGCCCCGCCUUCGUCGGGAAGCUUUCUCCGCGACGGCAUGAUUAUCAAAGGAAGGAAGCUCGUCCUCGUCGUCCGGGAGACUCCUUUGAGUGCGAUUCAUCUCGAAAACAUGUCGGCCGUGCAGAGGGCCGGAGCGACGAUUUUCCCUCCAGUGCCAGCGUUUUACACGAUACCUAAGACGAUUGAGGAUGUCAUUGAGCAGAGCGUUGGGAGGAUGCUCGACUCGCUGGGGAUCCACGUGGAUGGCUUUGAACGGGGGGAGGAUAUGCGCAAGGAUUAG